GCGGGAAAUCACUCCGGUGGAGCGGGUGUGAGGGUGGCAGGUAGCCCUGGAUCCUGGGUGCACACUGGUCCUGAAAUUUGAGUGCCUUCCUGGAGGUCCAGGGCCUCUGCUCCUCCUCAGCGGUGUGGCCUGCUUGCCCCUGGCAUCGGGAAGAGCUGGAGUGCCAGCCUCCCCACCACAACUCAGGGGCAGGGCGGCAUGAGCCGGUCAAGGCACAUGGGCAAGAUCCGCAGACGCCUGGAGGAUGUCAAGAGCCAGUGGGUCCGGCCCGCCAGGCCUGACUUCAGCGACAAUGAGAGCGCCCGGCUGGCCACAGACGCCCUCUUGGACGGGGGGCCCGAGGCCUACCAGCAGGUCCUCCACAAGGAAGGCGAGGUGGACUUCUUGUCCUCGAUGGAGGCCCAGUACAUCCAGGCCCAGGCCCAGGAGCCCCCCUGCACUCCGGAGACCCCAGGAGGCACCGAGGCCGGAACCAAGGGACUGGACUCCUGCUCGUUGCAGUCAGGCACCUACUACCCUGCGGCCUCGGAGGGCAGCGAGCCUGCCCUGCUGCACACCUGGGCCUCGUCCGAGAAGCCCUACCUGAAGGAGGAGUCCAGUGCCACCGUGUACUUCCAGACAGACAAGCACAACAACAUCAGGGACCUCAUCCGCCGCUGCAUCGCUCGGACCAGCCAGGUCCUGGCCGUCCUGAUGGAUGUGUUCACCGACGUGGAGAUCUUCUGUGACAUGCUGGAGGCGGCCAACAAGCGCGGGGUGUUUGUCUGUGUGCUCCUGGACCAGGGAGGUGUGAGGCUCUUCCAGGAGAUGUGUGACAAAGUGCAGAUCUCGGACGGUCACCUGAAGAACAUCUCCAUCCGGAGUGUGGAGGCGGAGGUGUACUGUGCCAAAUCCGGCCGGAAGUUCGCUGGCCAGAUCCAGGAGAAGUUCAUCAUCUCGGACUGGAGAUACGUCCUCUCGGGGUCGUACAGCUUCACCUGGCUCUGCGGGCACGUCCACCGGAACAUCCUCUCCAAGUUCACGGGCCAGGCAGUGGAGCUGUUUGACGAGGAGUUCCGCCACCUGUACGCCUCCUCCAAGCCGGUGCUGGGCCUGAAGUCCCCUGGGCUGGUCCCACCCCUGCAGCCCCGAGUGGGACACAGCCCCCAGCCUGGCCGCCUCAGCGGCAGCAGCUGCUCCACCAGCGACCCCUUCAGCAGCCCCUCCUCGGGAAGCAACCCCCAGGACCAGAGCCUGUCCUUGUCCUCAGGGCGGGGCAGCCCUCUGGCCCCAAACCCACCUCCGCCCUCCAGGCAGCAGCUCUACCACGGCCUUUGGGGGGCCCUGAGCCCACAGGCCCGCUUCUCCCUGCGGCCCCACGACGGGCUGCCGGCUCUCUACAGCGACCUCAAGGCCUGCAGGCCCCUGCGGCUGCAGUUCGGGCAGCUGGGCCUGGUGCCCAGGGUGGCCCACAUCUGGAGGCCAUUUCUACAGGCACCCCCUCACUUCUGAGUGCCCCCAGCUGCCCUCCCAGGACUCCAGAUGGCCUGGCCCAAGGGCCCCUCCCCAACAAUCUGCAGCCUUGCCCCUGCUUCCCUUUGAGCGACAGGCUCUUGGCAACAUAGUUGCCUGUGUUUCCACAUUCCCAGGCCUGAGACCAUUCACUUGCCAACCCCCACCCGUCCCUGGGUUCUCCCCUCUCUAGUUUGGCCCAUGCAGCACAUUCCAGAAGGUUCCAGGCAGUAGGGGGUGGAGAACUAGAGGACAAAACUGUGACAGUAUAUAGAGCCCCUUUCUUCUACAGAGCCGGCCGGUGCUUUAUUACCAUUCUUCGAAUCUUCGUAACGUAAGAAGGGACAGAUGCAGCCCACGUUUUAUGUAUGGGUAAACUGAGGCACUGAGCCGCUGAGGGUGGGUGCGACCAGUGUGUUCCGUUCCCCAGUUCCCAGGAGCAGUCCACUCCCUGGGGGUGUGGGGAAGAGAGGCCAGGAGGAGGCCUGGGACCAUUCUGGACCAUUCUGGGAGAGGUGGGGCCGCUCCUGCUCCGUCGAAAGGUGUAAUACUGGGAACUCCUGGGCCCCAUGAGUGAGGCAUGGGGCCCCAGAGCUGCCACUGUUAAGUCGUGUGGGGC